AUGCUAGUGAGGGCAGUGACACGGGAAGUGAGUGCUGCACCUGCCAGCCAUGUAGAAAAGGCUGUCUGGGACGGGAUUGGACUGCUCAGCAUCCUCCCUUCAACUCCUCCUGUCCUGCAAAAAGAGGCAGCGGCGGCAGCAGCUCAGCCAUGUUGGACAGUCAGACUCCUGGUGCGCCUGCGCGGUCCUCAUCCCCCUCCCUUCCAGAGAGCCGCUCUCGAGUGGCCUCGCUCGAGCCGGGGGGGUGCGGGGGAAGAGUUCUGGGGUUCGCAAGCGCCGCGCGCUGCGUCCGGGACUGGAGGCGCCUCCGCUCAGCCUCGAGAGAAGUUGAAUAGAAGCCGUGCUUUUGGUAGACAAGGAGAGCGUUGGAAACGCAAGCCGCUUGCUGACGCCGUCGCGUUUCUAGGUACAGUCCGGAGGAAAUCAGUUCGACUAAUUUCCGUAAAGACUUGCUCCCGAGUAAAAAGAAAGUUGGGGAUAUGGACGCUAAAUUCCCUUCCUGUCGUUUGGGCGGGCUCCAGUUUUCUGGGAUUGUGCACGUAUGAAGUGCGGCUUGAAAAAUCUCUCUGGAUUCUUUUUUUUUUUUUAAUGGAUAAAUUGCUAUGCUCGAAGGUGGUUCGAAAAAUCUCGUAUAUCUGGUCCUGGUCUCACCCAGCGAUCAUAGGAAGACGUAUCUGGAUGGUUGGGGUUUUGUUUUGUUUUUCACUUUUUCAGAAAUGGAUCUGUACAAAUCAGUGCUUUGAAAAUGAAAAAGAAUAAUUUGUUUAGAAAUAGGGACUGAAGUGGAGAGAAUACUGCAAGUGAUAAAAAAAAUUGAAAGAUACGUGUGAUUUUGGCCUAUACCGCAUUGCAAAAUUGCUACAGUGUGCUUAUCCUAAAUUGCAGCAGUUAUUUUUUCUAAUUUAGCAGUCAUUUAUUCCUAAAUACUGGUGCAGUAAUAUUAUUACUGAUGUCAGAUUAAUGCUUAAUGUUUUAUGCCUAAAGUGGCAACAUCUAGCUGUACCUAGAGCUGAUAAAUAGUGGUUUAAGAUAUAUUCACAAAUAAUAACAUGGGCUAUAUAGCAUAUUGAUUAUCUGAUUAUAGGUGGGAGGGCAUCUACUUCCAUGUGACUGACACAAUGUUUGUUAAUGUUGUUAACUGGAGAAUUUCCAUGUUAACCCUGCACAUUUCUGGAGGACAAUGGGAUAGAGACCUUAAUCUCGUUUAUGGCUACUGCAUGAAGCCUUCAGAUCUGCCUUAUUUUACUAACUCUGGCACCAUCCAAAAAUAAUGUAUGAAGUGACUGAUGUAGAACACAUUUUUCCACUGGUAUUACAUUUUCACACUUGUGAAUAUCACUCUUGUAGAAUCUAGUGUGGGAAACUCUGCCCAUCUAAAUGAAAUUAUCCAAUCAAUGCUUGCACUUGUAUGGUUCCCAUACAUACAAUACAUCAUGCAGCAUGCAAAUACAAGUUUGGCUUCUAAGGGGGCCUAAAUGCCUACAAAUACAGUGUGGCAAAUUAGCAGAUGUGUAAAAAGGGGCAAGUCAGAAACCUAAGUUCUUUUUCUCUCUCCUUUCCUUUUCCUUUUCCUUUUUUCUGUUUUUCUACUUCUUGGUAUUUUAAUUCUUGU